AUGGCUCGUUAUGAGCUAAGAAAAUGGGUUCCAAGACUGGCAACAAUUGCUCUUCUCAUCUCUCAACAUUAUGUUUUUCACAAUGGUGAGGUCAACUUGAGCCCGUUGCCCACCAAGUCCCCAUCAUAUGAGCCUCCAUCCACUAGGCCACCCCCGAGUGCAGCUUCUUGCCCAAGGGAUGCCCUAAAGCUGGGGGUAUGUGCCAACUUGUUGAAAGACUUGGUUCACGUUGUUGUGGGUACCACACCAAAGACCCCUUGCUGCCCUCUCGUCGGGGAUGUUGCUGAUCUGAAGCUUCUGUUUGCCUUUGCACUGCCUUUAAAGCCAUUGUGUGGGGAAUUAACCUCAAUGUUUCACUCUCCUUGA